CGCAUGCGCGGGGCCGCGCGCCGCGGUGCACUGUGGGAUACUGCGGCCCGGGCAGGCUGCACCGGCGGAGCGGGCGGCGGCGCGAUGGCCUCCAGCAGCGGCACCGACGUGAUCCAGGUCACCAACGUCUCGCCCAGCGCCAGCUCGGAGCAGAUGCGGACCCUCUUCGGCUUCCUGGGCAAGAUCGAGGAGCUGCGCCUCUUCCCCCCCGAUGACUCCCCCUUGCCGGUGUCGUCGCGCGUGUGCUUUGUAAAGUUCCACGACCCCGACUCGGCCGUGGUGGCCCAGCACCUGACAAACACUGUGUUCGUUGACAGAGCCCUCAUUGUGGUUCCCUAUGCUGAAGGAGUCAUUCCUGAUGAGACUAAGGCUUUGUCUCUCUUGGCCCCAGCUAAUGCCGUGGCAGGGCUGCUGCCGGGGGGGGGCCUGCUGCCCACCCCCAACCCCCUCUCUCAGAUUGGUGCUGUCCCUUUAGCUGCUCUAGGAGCUCCUGCUCUCGACCCUGCCCUUGCUGCUCUUGGGCUUCCUGGAGCAAACCUGAACUCCCAGUCUCUUGCAGCAGAUCAGCUCCUAAAACUGAUGAGCACAGUGGAUCCAAAGUGAAACCAUGUGGCUGCAGGACUUGUGUCCCCCAGUCUGAAAUCAGAUACCUCCAGUAAAGAAAUAGAAGAGGCCAUGAAGAGAGUCAGAGAAGCACAGUCCUUAAUUUCUGCUGCUAUAGAGCCAGACAAAAAAGAUGAAAAACGAAGACAUUCGAGGUCGAGGUCGCGCUCGAGGAGGAGGAGGACUCCUUCCUCAUCCAGACACAGACGCUCCAGGAGCAGAUCAAGGAGAAGGUCCCAUUCCAAAUCCAGGAGCAGGAGGAGAUCCAAAAGUCCCAGGAGGAGGAGAUCCCAUUCCAGAGAGAGGAGCAGGAGGUCUCGGAGCACAUCCAAGAGCAGGGAUAAAAAGAAGGAAGAGAAAGAAAAGAAACGUUCUAAAACUCCCCCCAAAAGCUACAGCACAACCAGAAGAUCCAGAAGCACAAGCAGGGAACGGCGGCGCAGGCGGAGCCGGAGCGGGACGCGGUCCCCGAAAAAGCCAAGGUCUCCCAAACGGAAAAUGUCCCGCUCCCCGUCGCCCAGAAGGCAUAAAAAGGAAAAGAAGAAGGAUAAAGACAAGGAGAGGAGCAGAGACGAGAGGGAACGGUCAACGAGCAAGAAAAAGAAGAGCAAAGACAAGGAGAAGGAUCGAGAGCGGAAAUCCGAGAGCGACAAGGAUGUGAAACAGGUCACAAGGGACUACGAUGAGGAGGAACAGGGCUACGACAGCGAGAAGGAGAAGAAGGAGGAGAAGAAGGUGGCGGAUGCUCCCUCCCCCAAAGGGAAGGAGCCCGUGGCCGAGAAGGGCAGUGGGGAUCCGGGCAGGGAGUCCAAGGUGAACGGGGAUGACCACCACGAGGAGGACAUGGACAUGAGCGACUGAGCCCACCCACAGCCCCUCCAGUGUGAUCCUUUAUGCUGUACUUGUUAAUCCUCAACCUAGAUGUAUCCAGCUCCGAGCUCUCCAUGGUCUGUCCAUCCCGAUACUAACUCACACCCAAAGCUUGAGCCAGGGCUCCCCUGCUCCGGGGGCCCAGCUGGGGCCGGGCCGGGCCCCACGGCCCUCCCACAGCCUGGGCGGGGCCGGCCCUCCCUCCCUGCUUCCCUCCCUGCUUCCCUCCCUCCCUCCGGAGCGUCCCGGGCUGAGCCAGCAGGGCCAGCAGUGUCCCGGCAGUGUGGGGAGGGUGGCACAGCCCCUCUGUCCUGAGGGACUGCCCCAGGAGGGUGGCACAGCCCCUCUGUCCUGAGGGAAUGCCCCAGGAGGGUGGCACAGCUCCCAGAGUCAGCCUUGGAUCACACCAGCUCUUUGUGCUCUUGGCUUUAGUUCUGGUUUUAAGCCAGGUGCUGGGUUUGGAUUCCCAGGGGGUUUUGUUUGGCUGUCCCAGGGUUCUGUGCCCAGGGUUCUGUGCCCGGGUUCUGUGCCCUGCCCUUCCUGAGGGCUCUGUCUGAUCUGAGCCCAGGAGGGGAAUCCUGCCCGUGCCCAGUGAGGGAGGGCUGGGGGAGCAGCCUCAGCCAGGGCUGGGGGCUCAGGAGCUCACCCACUGCAGCAGGGAGUGCAUUUUAAAAUGACCUUGGUCUGUUUUUAAAGCGAGUCCAUUGAUAAUGUACUUUUUACUUGAUCUCAAGUUGUACAAACGGAUAAAUUUGUGUUCCUGUCCCGGCCGUCCCCUCCCUCCCGCACUCGGUGAUCCCAUGGUAUUUGCAGAGUAGUUACCCAAAGCUGUUCCUUAGUUCCAGCAGCUCCAGAGCUUUUACUUUUGUGCAGGUAAAGAGACAAAAGUAGCCGACAGUCUGUGCCAUGUCGAUGUACAGUUUCGGAAAAUGUUUUACAAAACUUUGAUAAUAAAACCCUGAAACUUCA